UUUUCUUUCUUGUUUCAGGUUUAUCUUUCCCAUUAUCCAUUGAUAACAUCUGUAUAGUUACCACACAUUGAUUUGAUUUGGUUGUAAAGUGACAUUUUUUUUUGUAGAAACGCUGCUGCUGGUUCAACUAAAAGCACACACACUGACACAGACACAGAAACAGAAACAUUAUCGAUAUUGAUCAUAUCGUUUUUUUUCAUCAGAACAAAACAAAAAUUUAUUUAAAAUGAUCGCCAUCGAUCAUGAUCGAAAUCGUUUUACGAUUGAUGACGGAAACAGUAGUAUAACAUCAACAUCAACAACAGCAACAACAAAAUCAUCAUCAUCUGCAUCAUCGACAUCGACAUCGACAAUCACAACAGCAGCAGUAGUCACCGAAACCAAAACACCGUCAUUUUUUAUAAUAAUGCCUUCGAAAUUUAUAACAUUGAAAUUAUUAUAUCGUUCACCAAUCAGUGCAUUAUUGACCAAAGAUGAUAAUUCCAACAAUAAUGGCUGUGAAAUUCGUAAAGCUAAAAAUGAUUCAAAUCUGAAGAAAGAUGAAUUUCUUGCCAAAUAUGUUCUGUCCAUACCGAAAGCAAUACGUAUGAAUGGCCUAUUAUUACAGGGAUAUCUUGUUUAUCCAAAAGUAUUGCGGCGAAUUGAGAAUUUUGAAAUUCGCACUGAUGAUGUUUGGCUUUGUACGUAUCCAAAAUCCGGUACAACAUGGACCGAAGAAAUAUUGUCAUUAAUUUUUGCUGAUGGUGAUAUUGAUGCUGUAUCGAAGAAAAUUAUUGCUGAAAGAGUUCCACAUCUAGAAGUUGGUAAACCAUUUGGCCAUCUGAAAUGGUUGCGAUCGAUUCGUUCACCACGUUUAUUGGCCACACAUUUAAAUGUUGAAAAUAUUCCUGGACAAUUGCGGCAAGGAAAAGCUAAGAUCAUCUAUGUAGUUCGUAAUCCAAAAGAUAAUGCCGUUUCCUAUUAUCAUCAUCAUCGUAUGAGUACAUUUUUAGGAAAUUAUUCCGGUACAUGGGAUGAUUUCGUAGAAUUAUUUGCCAGAGGAGAUUUAGUAUAUGGAUCAUGGAUUGAUCAUGUUCGUGGUUUUUGGGAACUGAAACAACAGGAUCCUGAUUCAGUUUUAUUUGUUUCAUAUGAAGAACUUAAAGUGGAUUUGAAAAAAAUGAUUGGAAUUAUUUGCGAUUUUGUUGGCCAUCGAUUAACCGAUGAACAGAUUGAUCGUAUAACAUUACAUUGUAGUUUUGAAAAAAUGCGCAAUAAUAAAAUGGUUAAUCGUGAAGAUUUACCAGUAGCCGAUUUGUUCGAUAUGAGUAAAACAAAAUUUAUGCGUAAAGGUAUUAUUGGUGAUUGGCGUAAUCAUUUUACAGCUGAACAAAGCCAACGAUUUGAUGAAAUUUUUGAACCAGAAUUAAAAAGAAUCGGUCUACCAAUUUGUUAUGAUCAUCAUAAUGCUGAAGAAAUUAUGGAAAAAUAUGGCCGCAUCAUUCGAACAAAUGAAUGAAUGAAUUUUGGCUAUUUAAACAUCAACAAUCCACAAACACCACCAUAAGAAUUGAAUUCAUCAU